AUGGCUGGGUCACUGGGCCGGGAUGCAAUGCCCCGCACGCCAGCCCGUUAUGUCAUCCGUGGGGAGCGUGAACAACAACUUCAUCUUCACGACAUCUAUCUGUUUCCAGUCUUGGACCGUGGAACUUCGUCGACCUCCUCCGGCAUGUCUGCCCUCGGCUCAUUCCGCGACAUCUCGGCUCGCAACCUGCGGGUUUUUAGAGAACAGCCGCUGGCCGAGCUCUCGGGCUCGCUGGGCGACCUGGGCACGUUUCUGCCUAUUACUAUCGCGCUCGCCAUCAAUGGCACCGUGUCGCUAUCCAGCACUUUGGUCUUUUCCGGCAUUGCUAACAUCCUGACCGGCCUGUUUUUUGGUAUUCCGCUGCCAGUGCAGCCGAUGAAAGCCAUCGGUGCCGUCGCAAUCGCCAAUGUCUUCACCAACGGAGAGAUCGCUGCCGCUGGCAUCUUUGUGGCUGCUUGCAUUUUUGUCUUCAGUGCGACCGGCCUGCUGCGUUGGUUCUCAGCCGUUGUGCCUAUCCCCGUCGUCAAGGGCAUCCAGGUCGGUGCUGGUCUGUCCCUGAUCAUUUCCGCGGGGACGUCCAUACUCGCCAACCUGGGCUGGGUCGGUCCAUCGUGGGCAGACAACCGGAUUUGGGCCGUAGUGGCCUUUCUCUUCUUGCUAGUCACUAAUCACUACCGAAACCUGCCGUACGCUUUGAUUGUGUUGUUUGUCGGACUCGUGUUUGCCAUCAUCCUUGCCGCACAACAGGCGGAUUUGCCCGCUUUCCGGCCAUGGAUCCCCAAAACGACAGUCCCAGUCGGUAGCGACUGGCGCGUUGGAAUCGUUGAGGCCGGCAUUGGCCAGCUACCACUAACAACACUGAACUCGGUCAUUGCAGUCGUCCACCUCGCCAACGAUCUGCUGCCGGACGUUGAAACGCCAUCCAUAACCUCCGUGGGCAUCAGCGUCGCAUUGAUGAACCUGGUAAGUUGCUGGCUCGGCGCCAUGCCAGUCUGCCACGGAUCUGGCGGGCUCGCAGCCCAGUUCCGGUUCGGCGCGCGCUCGGGAUCCAGCAUCAUCUUUCUAGGCGUGCUGAAGCUGCUGAUCGGGCUGUUCUUCGGUAAUACCUUGGUCGGCUUGUUGCAGCGGUUCCCGUUUGCGCUCUUGGGGAUCAUGGUGAUUGCGGCCGGGUUGGAAUUGGCAAGUGUAGGAGAAAGCCUGAACACGACGGGCGCGCGAGAUUUGGGUAAAACCCGUCCUGGAUUGCUGGGAGAAAGCGGGCAGGAAAUUGGGCCGGUGUUGACCGAGGAAGAACGUAAGAAACGAUAUACGGUUAUGUUGGUCACCAUCGGCUUCCUCGUCGGGUUUAAGAACGAUGCCAUUGGGUUUAUCGCGGGCGUCCUGUGCCAUUUCAGUUUCAAGUUGCCAGAGAUCGUGUAUCAGCUUGGCGAGAGGAGGCGGCAAGGCCGUAUCCAGUUAACGGAGUGA